AUGGAGCCCGAAACCGUUCAAGUUGUCAUCUGCGGCGGCGGUUCUGCCGGCCUCACGGCUGCCAUCUGGUUGGCCCGUUUCGGCAUCGACUUCAGGAUCCUUGAACGACGUCCAGGACCUCUUGAGAUCGGCCAAGCCGACGGUGUCCAAUGCCGCACCGUCGAGAUCUUUGAGAACCUCGGCCUUUCUGAUGCUCUUCUGAAAGAGGCCUAUCACGUCAUGGAAGUGACAUUCUGGUCCCCGGAUGAGCAGGGCCAACUAAAGAGGAAACAUGUUGCGCCUGAUACCAAGGUGGGCCUAAGUCAUCAGCCCCAUGUCAUUCUCAACCAAGCACGGAUCAACGAGAUGAUGCUUCAAGAGAUGAUUCGUCUGCGAGGGAAUGGGUCAAGCGGAGUUGUGUACAACUCCCAGGUCGAGAGCGUGCGCAUCCUGGACAAUGCUUGCGACUACCCUGUUGAGGUGGUAGCUUUACAAAAUGGGGUACCAUCUCGAUACCGGGCGAAAUACGCAAUCGGCUGCGAUGGUGCUCAUAGCACAGUCCGCAAAUCGCUUGGUUUCAACAUGGUCGGCGACUCGAGUGACUCCGUCUGGGGCGUCAUGGAUGUCUUUCCAGACACAAACUUCCCGGAUAUUCGCAAGAAGGCCAUGCUCAACAGCAAUGCUGGGAAUCUCAUGAUCAUUCCCAGAGAAGGCGACGAACUCGUCCGCUUCUAUAUUGAGCUACCAGGCAAAAUAGCUCGAGAAGUGACCAAGCAAGACCUCAUUGACAAGGUUAAGCGCAUUUUCUACCCCUACACGCUAGAUGCCUCCUGUGUCGUGUGGUGGUCAGCAUACGUCAUUGGCCAGCGUAUCGCAGACCGCUUCACAAAGGACUUUCGCAUCUUCCUCACAGGUGACGCCUGCCACACACACUCCCCCAAGGCUGGUCAGGGCAUGAACGUUAGUCUUCAGGAUGGCUUUAAUAUCGGAUGGAAGAUGGCCCAUGUCCUGACGGGCCGAGCCCCGCCUUCAGUACUGGAGACAUAUGUGCUCGAGCGUCAACAGACAGCACAACAACUCAUCGACUUUGACCGUUCGUUCAGCAAGUUGUUCUCCACCGAACACCAGAAGAAGAAUGGGAUCACAGCCGCCCAUUUCCGCGACAAGUUCGUGCAGGCCGGACAGUAUACUGCCGGCAUGGCUACCAAGUACAGCUCGUCAAUCCUGACUUGUCCGAGCAGCGACGACGGCACCAUCGCGUCAGGGCUCAGUGUUGGAAUGAGGUUUCCCAGCUCUCCGGUCGUGAGGCUAUCUGAUGCAAAGCCUGUGCAUUUGAACAAGGCCCUGCCGGCGGACGGACGAUGGCACCUCCUGGUCUUCUGUAGUGGAGAUGCGGCAGCCAACAAGUUGACACAGGUCGCUUUCCAGUUGGAAGAAAUGGUUCAGAAGUUUACACCAUUUGGGGCGCCGGCAGAUGAAAUCAUGAACCCAACCCUCAUCAUAAGGGGUGAGCGGAAGAGCCUCGAGAUUGAAAAACUCCCAAGAUUCUUCUUUCCUAAGACUGGAAGGUAUAUGUUGACAAAUCUCCACAGAGUGUUUGUCGACGAACAGAAUCCAUAUAUGCUGGAUUGCGGGCGGGUGUUUUCAACAUUUGGUAUCGAUGUAGGUCGCGGUGCAGUCGUCAUUGUUCGACCUGAUUUAUGUAAGCUCCUCCCUAUACCUGCUAUUUUAGCCGCUGCUUACUGA